AACUCAUUACAAACAAAACUAAGUACAUUGAAAGGUUGUGUCAUCUGCGUUGUAGUAUCUUGUUGCCUGAUUCUCUCUCUUCUAUUUUAAAUCCCAUUAUCCGUCCCAGCCUGUGAUUUGUCUAGUUCUUAUAUUCUGUGAGCUCAUGGGUAGGGGAGAUUUAUGGAGUAUCGUACUAGAAAAGUAGAGCUUCAUAACAGAUACAUAUAUAACAUCCACAUUGCUCACUGUAUAGACAUCUCUGUUUCCCUCAAAUCACAUGUACCACAAACACACUGGAUUGUGGCAUUUGUGUGAAAGGGGGUAAAACAGAGAGUGGGUAUUCAGUACAGUUCUCUCUGUGUAUUUAGCUUCUUUUUUUCUAGUUUGUUUGGUGCAAUGCAGUCCAAGCAGGAGUGGCAGCAGACUUUUUGUAUUCUAAUUGUGGUUAUGGUGAUUGGGCUUAAUUGUAUAGGGCUUUCUGAAGCUCAUACAAAGGGAAGAAGAGUUGCUCCCAGCCAUGGGGCUUUGCCUCCACCCCCUGUGAACAGCAAUGCCACUGAGGCUGAAAUGGUUGAGCAUCAAUUUAUGAAAUGGGUGUUGUGGGUGGGGAGUCUCAGGCAUUCUGUUUUCAAAGCAGCCAAGAACAAACUCAUCCCUUCAUUUUACAUAACAGUGGAUAAGACUCCUGGUGUGGGGGAUUUCACUAGUGUGAAGAAAGCCUUGUCUUCAUUGCCCCUCAUCAACAUUGUUCGAGUCGUAAUUAAGAUCAAUCCAGGGGUAUACAAGGAGAAAAUUGAAAUUCCUGUAACCCAAGCAUUCAUCACACUGGAAGGAACAGGAGCAGACAAAACAGUAAUACAAUGGGGAGACUCUGCAGACACUAAGGGCCCAAAUGGGCAGCCCUAUGGUACCAGAAACUCUGCAACUUUUGCAGUGAAUUCUCCAUACUUCAUAGCAAAGAACAUUACUUUCAAGAACACAGCUCCAUUGCCUGCACCUGGAGCAGUAGGAAAACAGGCUGUGGCCCUCAGAAUAUCAGGAGAUACUGCUGCAUUUUUGGGUUGCAAGUUUUUGGGAGCACAGGACACCCUAUAUGAUCAUCAAGGAAGGCAUUACUUCAAGGAUUGUUAUAUUGAGGGAUCUGUUGAUUUUAUCUUUGGAAAUGCUCUGUCCAUGUAUGAGGGGUGUCAUCUGCAUGCAAUAUCAACUAGCUAUGGAGCAGUAGCAGCCCAAAAGAGAGACAGCCUGCUGGAUGACACAGGCUUCUCUUUUGUGCACUGCAAAGUGACUGGAUCAGGAGCCUUGUACCUUGGAAGGGCUUGGGGAACAUUCUCCCGUGUAGUGUUUGCCUAUACUUACAUGGACAACAUUAUUGUCCCCAAGGGCUGGUAUAAUUGGGGAGACCCCAACAGAGAACUAACUGUGUUCUUUGGACAAUACAAAUGCAGUGGACCAGGAUCCAAUUAUGAAGGCCGAGUAACCUGGUGCAGGGAGCUAACAGACCAAGAAGCCAAGCCCUUCAUUGAUCUCAGCUUUGUUGAUGGAAGUGAAUGGAUCCGCUUUUGAUCAUAUUCAUCUCCUUACACCCCUCACAUUCAUCAAUAAGACAUGAAAUUUAUUGUAUAAAAUUAGAGAAAUUCUUAGGCAUCAGUGAAGAAUUUAUGUAUUGGAAAGUGGGUGCAAAGAUUUGAAUCCAAAGGAACUUACAUAUGUAGAGUGCCUUAGGAUAGCAAAAGCAGGGAGUGGUUUUAUAUACCAUAAACUCCUGCACUUUAAAGCUAGUCAGUAAAUACCUAUUCAUUUUUUUAAGAUUGAUGGGUGUAAUAGUUACAACGAGAAAUCAUUUCUUUAUAGAGUCACGUGAAUCACA